ACAUGGCACGUCUUCUUCACCUAGACCUUGGAAAUGGAUACGUCUCUAUUAUUACAUGAAAUUUAAAUAUAUUCAUUGAGUUCAAAGUUUGGUGUUGGUGAUAAUUCAUAUGGUGGAUUUGGAGAAGUACCCAGUUUUGAGAACACGAUGGUGAAAGCAUUUGCUUUAUUUGUUCUCUUGGCAAAUCUGAUGGUGUUGAAUUGUCAAGAGGAAGUCAUACAAUUAGAACAAGAAAUAAAACAUGAUUCUUCUAAUACUGAAAAUCCAAGCUACUCAUUUAGUUACGGCGUAUCCGAUUCGCGAACUGGAGACAUAAAAGCAGUAUGGGAGACCAAGGAAGGUGACACUGUGAAAGGUCACUACAGUGUGGUAGAACCAGACGGUUCAAUGAGAACUGUAGAAUAUUCAGCUGGUCCAAAUAGUGGAUUUCAAGCAGUAGUUAAUAACCCAGGCGUACCACAAGCAAAGAGUAGUCAAAGUUUUAUUGAGGAAAAAGCUUUAAAAGAUUACGAUCACGAUUUCGAUUUCUCAGAAGAUGCAGACGAAGAAGAUAUUUACGAAAGUACUCAUAGGAAACGAGGACCUUAUCCUGUAAAUAGAUUUAGAGAAGUUCCUACGAAGAAAAGACCAAACUAUAUUCCUGAUCAAGAACCUAGUGAUUACACACAUAGUUAUUCCAUUAAACAUCCUUUUGAUGAAUCUACUUCAGCCAGUGAAUCUCACUUUGGUUAUAGCACUGACGCAAAUUGCAAGACGAAAAAGAAAAACAAAUACAACAUGUACACCAGUGUCGCAGAUUUAGAAUUAACCAAACAAAAAUAUCCACCUUUCUCAGAUUCAUUUAAGGAUGAUUUCGGAAAACCAGAUUCUAUUUAUGAUUUUGAAAAAUAUUCUCCCUCUUAUAAACUAGGACUUAAAGGUCCUAAAUUUGAUGACGAUAAAAUAUCUCUAUCAUCUAUGAAACACAAUUAUCCAACGUUACCAGAAUUAAAUUCCCAAGAUAGUUAUUACCCCGUAGAACCUCCUACUCGGCCUAAAAAGAAACAUAAGCCUUACAAAAGCCCUGAAUAUUUUAGUGAUAAUCUUGAUGAUUAUGUUUUGGUACCAAAAAAGAAACUUAAAAAUCCAACAAAAUUGAGCGAGCCAAAUGAAUUUUUGCCUGAUAUAGACGAUGAAUUUGCUCCUUCUCAUUAUUAUCGUGAUGAUGACCGUGAUAAAUUCCGCCCGUCUCGUUUAAAAGUACGACCAGAACCAUUCGCUGAUCAGAGUGCUCCCAAGGAAAUUAUUCGUAAAAUUGUAAAGAAGAAAAAACCCGUAGUUAAUAUUUUAGAAAUGUUUGACAUAUAAAUAAAUUAUAAUACCGUGCAUACAAAUUAGUGUAUUUUUCAAAUCUUGGCUUGGCCAGAAUUCUUAAAUCAAAUCGAAAAUAUUAUAUUAAGUAUAUUUUGACAUAAUCAUAGAAUGACAGAAUCGUGUACAUAAUAUAUUUGUAUACAUAUUUAUGUAAAAUUUUUCAAACCAAAGCAAUGUUAUUUUUUUUCUUAAAUUAAUGUAGAUAUAAGUAAUUUAAGUAAAUAAUAAUGAAAUUAAUAAACACUGUUAAUAAA